AUGUCACAACCGACGACAACAGAAUCCACUGUCGAAUAUGAAACAACAACUUUUACAUUAAAAACGGAUAAUCUUGGUCCAAAUAAAGCUACUUUAUUACAUGCUAGAACAACAAAGAAUGAUAAUCAAUUUUAUAAAGCUGUUCUUUAUAUACAUGGAUAUUCUGAUUAUUUUUUUCAUGAUCAUGUAUGUAUACAAUUUUUGGCACAUGGUUACGAUUUCUUUGCAUUAGAUUUGCGUAAAUGUGGUCGAUCAAUUAUUUCACCAGAACAAGAUCAAUAUAGACAUUAUUGUAAUGAUCUUCAUGAAUAUGAUGAAGAAAUUACACUUUCAAUUGAACAUAUAAUUAAAGAAGCAAAGACUAAAAUUAAAAAAUUGAUUCUUCUUGGACAUUCAGCAGGUGGUCUUAUUACCAGUUUAUAUACAUCAUCGGGCUUUAAAUGUCAGGAUAUUGAUGCAGUUAUUCUCAAUAGUCCUUACUUAGCUCAAUUAGAAACCUCUUUAUCAGAAUCAGUAUUACAAAGUUUAGUGAUGAAUUUUGGUUUAUCUGCAGAUAUAGAUGAUCAUUGGUAUGGUCGAUCAAUACAUGUCUCUAACAAAGGUGAAUGGAAUUUUGAUUUAAAUAAAAAACCAAUUGAUAAAAUUCGAGCACAUGGUGCUACUUUUUAUGCUGCACGCUCAGCUCAAGAAGAACUUAUGAGAAAAGGUUCUUGUAUAAAAUGUCCUGUUCUAUUCAUGUGUUCAAAUCGUUCAAUAAAACCAGAUAGAACUUGGCGUGAUGAAUAUGAACAAACCGAUCUUAUACUUAAUGUAACAGCAAUGCGACGUGCUGCAUCUACUAUUGCUCAACAAAUAACAAUCUAUGAAAUUGAAAAUGCAAAACAUGAUAUAUUUCUAUCACAAUCAUCAGUUCGUGAAAAAGCAUUUAAUUUAAUGUUUCAAUGGCUUAAACAUCUUGAAGAUGAUUGGAUGAUAUCCAUGCAAACUUAA